GUCCUGGCUUCAUUCUCACGCCCCACUCUUCCCAACAUUCCACGACGGGAAACUGUCGACUUCGGACGUUACCUUUAAACCACCAGCACUUGGAUUUUCCUUCAUUUUCAUACCGUGUCAAGGAGUGAUUCUAACUUCCCAUAGGCGGAAAGGACCGGGAAAGGCACUUUUCCUAUCAGGUCGUCCUCUAGUUGACCCAGAACAAGCGUGAAAUUCCCAAGACGUCUCAUCAGGGCUCAGGUUUCGCGGGACGACAGGAGAAAACGAUGAGACACAGAAGAAAGGACGGCGGCUCACCUUUCGUGCUACCAGUUUUACUACUGGCGAUAGCCAACUUGGCGAGUUCUGAAAUCUUCGUGGACAAGGGCGGUUUCCUGAAAUGGGAGCUCUCUGCAAACCCAGUACUAGCCGGAGCAGAGGACAAGCUGGAGAUGAGAUUCAAAGCAUGUAACGAGAGAGGACUGCUCAUCUACCAGGGUGGACAAGCGCAGAAUUUCUUCUCAAUGGGCGUUUUCAACGGUCGGAUAUACAUCGAGGCUUCUCUCAGUGGACAGCUUCUUGAGAUGUUCAUAGGAGACGAGAACAACCCACCAGUCCAGAACAACCAGACCCACGAAAUCGUCAUCACCAACAUGAAGGACCACCAUCUCGGGCAGAUGAGGGCGGUCGUCGACGGACAAAACGCCCCCUUGACGGUGCUAACGGAUGUGCAGCCACAGCUGUCCUUCACGGAUCCCAACCUCCGAGGGAACACCUUCAUCGGCGGAUACAACGAAGUCAAUGACUUGAGGUUACAAUCCCAACGUCUGUACAACUACCCAAUCGUGUGCUUCUCGUACCUCCGUGUUGGAACUCCUGCGCGAGAAGUUGACCUCACGUCCACCACUGAGGGCACGGGUCAGGUCGUCCCGUCAUGCCCUGUCUGUGCCCCGCCCUCCAUUGCGACCUUGAGAAGUUCAAGGUCAUACAUGAAGGUCCAGGCUGACCUGCAGCCGAGGUCGGGAACAACCAUCAGCUUCAAGUUCAGGACGAAGGCUCAGAACGGUCUGCUUUUCUACUUCGGAGGUCCCGCCUGGUUAGUGGUCUACCUCAAGGAUGGAAAAGCUGUGCUGAGGCUCAACACUAAGGGCAGCGGUCCGGACGAGAGUUACGUGUCCACCAACACGUUUAACGACGGGCAGGAACAGGAGCUGUUCAUCGAACGUGACGCCAACACCGCCACCAUGAGGGACCGCGCAGGCAACACCAUCGCCCUGGUCACUUUCACAGGUGAGGGAGCGGACGCGGCCCAUUCACUCAACGUGAACUCCCUGUAUGUCGGCGGGUUCAAGAACCCGGCCACCGACCUGACCACCGACGCCAAACAGUACAUCGAAGUGACCGAGUCCCUGAGGGGCUGCAUGGAGGAGUUCCGCUUCGUGUCUUACAGCAGCGUGCAGGAAACCGCCAAUCAGAUCGACUUCAAGACUAAGACCAUUGAGAGCAGGGAAACCACCUUUGACCAGUGCCACGAGCUGGACACGUGCCUGUUUAAGGAGUGUACGGGUGUGGGACAGAAGUGUAACCUGGGCGUGUGCGAGUGCAAAGCGGGGUGGAACGAGCGGACACCCGGGGCCGACCCGCUGGUCUGCAUCGACGUCGACGAGUGUGAGUCGAACCCUUGUCAGAAUGGAGGAACCUGCAUCAACAUGGAGAACGCCUACAGGUGCCAGUGUCCCGCGCAGUUCAAAGGAGUGAAUUGCGACACCGAGCGGAACUGCUUCAACUUCCCUUGUCAAAAUGGUGGCACCUGCAUUGAGGGCACCUCCCCGACCCCUAGCAUCUCCGGGCGGAACUGCACCUGCCAGCAAGGGUUCUCCGGCGUGAGCUGCGAAGAUGACGUAGACGAGUGCAGCCUCCCAAACAACUGCGUUGUCGGCACGUGUAAGAACCUGGUGGGUUCGUACGAGUGCACGUGUAAGACCGGUUAUGACGGGUACCUCUGCCGGAACGUGAUUGACAACUGCGCCAACAACCCCUGCGACCCCGGCACCUGCUACAGCUUCAUCGGCGGGUACAACUGCACGUGCGCGGACGAUGUGGAAGUCAGGGUUCUCAACAGGAAAGACUGUGGAGCGCUCCGAGUGACCGGACCUGUCAGCAUCUCGCCGUUCGCUCUGGUGGCCAUCUGUGUCUGUCUUCUGGUCCUGCUCAUCCUGGUGAUCGUGUUCGCCAUCUUCCGCCGCCGCUACACGCGCGAGAAGAAGAAGGCCAGCCGGAACUUCAUCAGCGCUGACGCCGAGUCUCGCGAGAACAUCGUGAAGUACGAGGAGGAGGGGUACGGCGAGGAGGACCAGGAGGCGUACGACAUCUCCGCGCUCAGGAACGCCAGCAUGACCAGGGCCUCGCCUACUAACAAGGUGCCUGACACCAAGGACGUCGGAGAGUUCAUCGACACCAGACUAGACGACGAGGAGCUGGGAGACAACCUGGGCGCGCGGGACGAGUUCAUUCCGUACGAGGACGAGGGGGAGGGCUCGCUGGCAGGGUCCCUCAGCUCCCUCAACUCCUCCAGCUCGGGCGGCGACCAGAACUACGACUACCUGAACGACUGGGGACCGAGGUUUAGCAAACUCGCCAACAUGUUCAACGAAGGAGAGAGUGAAGACGACUAGCACGUAGAAGUAGAGUUUUUGUUGUUGUAAGACGUUUAAGUAUUUUUGCCCGUCUUUAAUCAGAGAUCUGGCUACUGGUUAGACAUAACCUUUCACCGCAUUUCAUACAGAGAAUAAGUCAGUGACUCUGAUUGGUCGAAAUAUCCAUGUUUCUGACCACAGUCAUCAAUCAUGAUGGUGGUACUUUUCUGUAGUUUAGCUUAUCAAAUGUGACAAUACACAAACAUCGUUUGAAAUGCGACUUUUUAGGAAUAUCAGAAGAUGAGAGGAGAAAACAUUGUGAAAAUCGGGACAAGUAGUUUCACAUGACAUCGGAUGGUUUUGCUUCAUGUACAAGAUAACAAACAUGUAGGUAUCUUUAAAAACAUACUUUCCACAGUUACCAAAGAAUAGAACAUAUCCAUCGGACUGCUUGUCCCACAAAAAAUACAAACAAGUCAGACGUGCAAUCAUUUUUGCAUAAAGAUCUGCUAUUUUUAUACUAAACGAAGCGAGUUAGCUUCUUUGCACUGCUGUGUACUCAGAACAUGUUGGCGGCUGUAUUUAGAUCAAUUUUUCCACCCAAACAGAAGUUUUAGAAAAUGUGUAAGUCUGGUUAAAUGGAGUCUAACUGGUCCAACCCUGUGCAUACAUGAACGCAUACAAAAGCAACACAUUCCGUUGGGUUUAAAUUUCGACCGCAUCCACACGGACACCCGGUGAUGUUUUAUGUUAUAUUGAUAAUUCAAAAUGUGAAUAAUUUAAAAUUCCAUUUGUACGCAGGCCAUGACGCAGGGUUGAAUUUAGAUGGCUGAUGAUUGUAUAUAGAUAUUCUAGUGUAUUUGAUAUGGCGGAAUUUUGUUGUUAUUUUAAAUAUCAUGGUGCCUACCGUUGGUAAAAUUUUAUCUUAGUGCUGUGAUGGAAUUUUAUGCUCACAAUCAUGUGUAUUUUAACUGUUAGCUGCA